GCAUCUGAUGAUUGAAUUUAAUUUAACGUUUGUGGUGGGUAGCGUCGGAUCGGUGCAAUCUGUGAUCGAUUUUUUUUUUAAUUAAAUGUCUUUGGAUAUGGACGGUAAUCUUGUGCUAAUUGAUCCAAAUGUUUCAGUCGAAUUUGAAGUAUUCGGUAAAGUACAAGGUUGUUCUUUUACAAAAUACUGUAAGGAAAUUUGCGAGCAAUUAAAUAUUACCGGAUGGGUCAAAAAUACAAAGAAAGGAACCAUCUGUGGAAAGCUUCAAGGGCCCAAGUCCAGAAUAGAACAAGUUGUUUACUGGCUCUCGAACACUGGCUCACCAGGAAGUCACGUGGAACGAUGCGAAUUGAAUAACUGGCAAAUGUUGGCCAAGCCAGAUUAUACUAAUUUUAGCAUGCGGUUUUAGGAAGUCGAACUAAAUAUUUAAUUUAUAUGUGAUAUAUUUUGUGAGUAUCAACGGUUUUUAUAAAAUAUUUUUUAGAUUUAAAUUAGUAAAAGGUAAAAUGUAAUAGCGAGUACUUGACAUAAUUUAAUUUUUUUUCUAGACUAGAUUGUCAUUUAUUAUUAUGAACUCGAUUUUAAGUAGGUGCCAAAUAUUAGGUAAUAAACUACUGUCAUAAAUCUUAAAA